CAGUUCUGGGAGUGCAUCAGCGACGAGCACGGCAUUGACCCAACAGGCAACUACCAUGGAGACAGUGACCUUCAGCUAGACAGGAUCAACGUCUACUACACAGAAGCCCAAGGAGGUAAAUAUGUGCCCCGCUCUGUCCUCAUCGAUCUGGAGCCUGGAACAAUGGACGCCGUCCGCUCAGGACCCUUUGGUCAACUGUUCAGGCCGGACAACUUCGUCUUCGGCCAGACCGGGGCGGGAAACAAUUGGGCCAAAGGUCACUACACAGAGGGGGCGGAGCUUGUGGAUACUGUGAUGGACGUUGUCAGGAAGGAGUCGGAGAAUUGUGACUGUCUGCAGGGAUUCCAGCUGGCCCACUCUCUGGGCGGCGGCACCGGCUCUGGGCUGGGUACUCUCCUCAUCAGCAAAAUGAGAGAGGAAUAUCCGGACAGAAUCAUGACGUCCUUCUCUGUUGUACCAUCCCCUAAAGUCUCAGACACCGUUGUAGAACCCUACAACGCCACCUUGUCUGUGCAUCAGCUUGUAGAAAACACAGACGAGACAUACUGUAUCGACAACGAAGCUUUGUAUGACAUCUGCUUCCGCACCCUCAAACUGACCACCCCCACAUACGGUGACCUCAACCAUCUAGUCUCCAUCACUAUGUCUGGGGUGACCACCUCGCUGAGGUUCCCAGGCCAGCUCAACGCUGACCUCCGCAAACUGGCUGUCAAUAUGGUGCCCUUCCCUCGACUCCAUUUCUUCAUGCCUGGCUUUGCUCCCCUGACCUCUCGUGGAAGUUCCAAUUACCGUGCCCUAACAGUGCCAGAGCUGACACAACAGAUGUUCGAUGCCAAGAACAUGAUGGCCGCCUGCGAUCCACGCCAUGGCCGAUACCUCACAGUGGCUGCUAUUUUCCGCGGCCGCAUGUCCAUGAAGGAAGUGGAUGAGCAAAUGCUGAAUGCACAGAACAAGAAUUCCUCGUACUUCGUGGAAUGGAUCCCCAAUAACAUCAAGACAGCCGUUUGCGACAUUGCUCCUCGAGGCCUGAAGAUGUCCGCCACUUUCAUUGGCAACAGCACCGCCAUUCAAGAGCUCUUCAAGAGAAUUUCAGAACAAUUUACAGCUAUGUUUCGGCGUAAGGCUUUCCUCCAUUGGUACACCGGAGAGGGCAUGGAUGAGAUGGAGUUCACAGAAGCUGAGUCCAACAUGAACGACUUGGUCUCUGAGUACCAGCAGUACCAGGAUGCCACUACGGAGGAGGACGACCAGUUUGAUGAAGAAGAAGGAGAAGUAGAAGAGGGAGAAGGAGAGUACACUGCAUAAGAUUCAGUGAGCUGAAACAUGAUCAAAACAAGCUGGUCAUAUAUUAUCUGUGUCAUCACAGCUGCAACCUGGGAUUGGGAAAUGUAUUUACACAAUUUGAAUUGAUUUGCAUGUUGUCUGUUACAGUGAAUGAGUAACAGAAGGGUUAUUCACUCUUUUUAUAGAAAUGAAACUGUUAAUGCAUGUAUUAUUGUUAUUCUGUAACUAAUGAAUAACGCAAGCCCAAAUAGCAUUCACUUUCAUAAAGUUUACACCAAAGAAUCUAUGCAAUUUUUUCAUUUCAAAUAAUUGUUGUAAUCUUGUAACUGACUUCAAUAUAUAUUGUGAGUGAGACUGAAAUGACAUCUGAUCCCUUCGUGUCAAAAUUUCAUCAAGACAUUAGUUAAUUCCAUCUACAUGUAUCUUCGGAGCUUGCUUAAAUGCCUGGCAGAAGUUGGAAUGAACCUUGAACCUUUGUGAGCCUUUUACUCUAGCAGAAAUCAUGUCUGCCUUGUAAUCAUCUUAUGAUUUUAUAAUUUGAUUUACGCCAAAAGUAAAAGAGCCUAGGACCAUCUCUUCAGUUGCCAUUAUAUUGUCUAUUGGGUACAGUACACAAAAUUUGCAGUAUCACAAAUCAAGACAGCUUUAUCAAUGAAAUGUGUGCCACAUUGGCAUUUGUAGACCGUGAGUAUCUGAAUCAAAAGGAGUUCUUGGCCAGUCAUUAAUGUCAUUGACUUGUACCUCCUUCCCUGUUCUUGUUUAUUAUCUUUGUCUACUAUUGAUGAACAUUUUUGAUGGCCAUUUUUCUUGCCAAUGACUGCUUUUUUUUGGCUUCUUCUUUGUGACCAAAAUGAAUAUUAUGCAGGGUUAUCUGCUUCAUCUGGUGAAAAAUGAGUGAAACCAUGAAUACAAUGAACAAUUAAUCAUUUAAUUGCUUUUGAAUUUUCUUUUUUGUUCACUAUAAAAAAAA